AUGACGAACUUGAAAGCGCUGAACACGACACAAUCACCCCCAACUUCCUUCCCUUUCACAUUCCAAAUCCCUCCUCAUACAGACCUUUACCGUAAACCCGCGCUGACCUCCGCGUCUCAACCCACUUUCUACACCCCUAUCACACUCAAGAAUCUUCGAUCGGCCACGGUAAAAAUCAAGAAAAUCCAGUAUGCUCACCUCUACGACCAGGCGGGUAUCGUAAUUCUCUGGGCUAACCGUCCUGAAAUCUGGAUCAAAGCUGGAGUCGAGUACUUCGAGGGGAAGUUGAAGCGGUCAUCUGUCGCGCCCGGAGUGGGAGGCUGGAGUGAUUGGAAUAUUGCAGAACCUGUCAAAGACGGCGAAGGCAUUGUAGUCGAGGCGAAGAGAGAUAGACCCCAAGGCACGGCCUUGGUUCUUACAGUUAAUGGCCAGAUGGUGCGGAAGAUUUCGGGGGUCUUCGAGGACGAAGAAGAGCCUGUUUGGGUGGGCAUAUAUGGCGCGCGUCCUGCAGAUGUACAUGGAGUUUUAGAAGUUGAGGUGGAGGCGUUCGAGAUUGAACAAGUCUAA